UUGGAUCGAUCAUGUCUGGCGCCUCCUGCUCCUCCUCAUCCGAUCGCCGGGGACAAAAUCCCAGCAGCUCGGUGGGAUUGUCCGCAGAAUUCUCUGGCGCUGGGGAAGAAGAUUGCGCGGCUGCGGCCCGCUCGUGGUGUGACGAAGGCAAGCUCCUCAUACCUGGAUUGCCCAACGAUUUAGCUAUUCUGUGCAUCGCCAGGCUUCCUCGAGGAAUGUUUCCACUCCUCCGCCUCGUUUCCUCGGCCUGGAAACGAGCUGUUAGCAGCGAAACAUUUCGACUCCUCAGACACCAGGGGGGAUUUUUGCAAGGAUGGAUUUAUGUGCUGGUGGAGUCUGCCACUGGAGCGGCAUUUCGUGCGUUUGAUCCAGAUGCCAACCGCUGGUACAACAUGUCGCCAGUGCCCGCAAACAUAUCGUCAGAGACAUGGCAGGGCUUCGCCUGCGUCGCUCUCGACUCGAAGCUCAUACUCAUGGGAGGGGCUCGGCGCAUUUACAACGAGGCAACGCAGCAACUGGGCCAAGUGGAGGUCUGUGGCGACGUUUUUAUCUACGAUGCGUUUCGGAACAAGUGGCAGCGAGGCCCGAGCCUGACAACUCCACGCGGCUGGUUUGCUGCGGCAGCGAUUGGCGAUUUCGUCUACGUUGCCGGUGGCCAGGGGCGGUCUUGCUUCCUGGACUCGGCCGAGGUGCUGGACUACAGGGAGAAGCGAUGGCACCAAAUGCCUUCCAUGCAUUGCGUCCGCUCCAGCUGCCGAGGAACAGUGCUCAACGGCCAGUUCUGGGUCAUUGCCGGCGAAGUGGUGAUCAACAAUUAUGGCGACCACCCGCAGCGAGCAUCGGCCGAGUUUUUUAAUCCCGCAAGCAAGAGCUGGACGUUGAUCCCGGAGAUGUGGCUGGAUUCUCACAAGGUUCCCGGUCCCAACACAAUCUUUCGAGAAAAUCUCCUCGUUGUUCAUCAGAGCAAGCUGAUGAGAUACGAUCCGGAGCUCAACGAGUGGGAUCACAUCGGGCAUAUCUCCACGGGUAAGCUCUACAACAGGUCCUCGUAUCGUUUCGGUUUCGCCCUCGAGUGCCUCGGUGACAAGCUGUAUGUCAUCGGAGGUAGAAUCGAGUCAUGGCAAAACCGGAACCGAUCGUCCAUCCAGCCGGUGAGCACGGCGGAGGUAUGUCAUCUCGGCACUGCCUCCAAUUCUAAGUUCACGCGUUGGAACAGUGUUGCAGACAUGAAAGAUAGCAGUGGCAUUAUCUUAGCAUCAGCCACAGUGCUCUUGUAAGAUCCAAACACCCCCAAACAAAUUGCGUCUAGUCGAUCGACCGCGCACUCUUCUUCCAAGUAUUCUAUUUUUCUGCUUUCUUUGAUUCUUCCGGGUUCUCGCCCGCUUACGCUACAGCUCUGAGUUCAUGGCUGACGCUAUCGCUCUUCACGAAACUUAUCGUCUUUAUUCUUGUU